UCGACUAGCCACGACUAUAUUCCAACGAAAAGAAGCCAGCUAGGGGUAAUCCAGCACCAAACAGCCUUCGCAGGCGUCGAUCGCGAUGUUGAGUUUCUAGAAACUUGCCACCAUGCUUGGAUUGCACGUGACCCACGCCACCUUAGGAUCGGCGGGGUGAAGCGGAAUUUCAAGAUACAUCAUAACCUCACGACCGGCAAAACACAGAGGGAUGCUAUGCUGAGCUGAGCUACCUUGGGAACCCUCUAGCAUCAUGAGCCAUCGACCGGGAUGCCCUCAUACUUUUAUCAUCUCGCGAUCGAACUAUUCUCACGCCCUCAGUCUGACCUAAGAAGGGCCUUUGGGGUUUCGAACAACGACAAUAACAACAAUAAUAGCAACAAUCCACCCCUGACGACUUCACUUUCGUUUGAUUCUGCAUGUGAAGCUCUCCUUCCCUUCCAGAAGCGACCGUCCAGCACCAGUCGAAGCUCUCGUACUCACUUACACAACCGGAACCACCGAUGCGAUCCGGCCGAAACUCCCCAACCCUCCGCAUUUACAUCAACGACAACAGGGACGACAACCAGUUCCCACCCCUCCUCUACACCGCUCUAUCCGUACAGUAAGUCGCCUACUACCGCCUCCGAUCUCGAAAGGGACCUCAGACUCGACAAAGUCUCCGUUGAAUGUAUCGAUAUGGUCUCCCCGGUCCGUGAAAGCGAGAACCCCGUUACAACGGGGAUAGGCACAGAUAUCCUGGGCGGGUUACGUACAAAGGGCUUGUACGUUCCCCUUGACCAGAAAUCUUCCGAAAGUGUCUGGGGUAUUGUCCAUCUUUACCGUGAUGCAAGGGAGACGCCGUACCUAGUUGAGGAGGAGUAUCCGGCUGAGUUGAAGGGGUCUGCGGCUGCGGCGCAGCGACGGAAAUCGCAUUACGAUGAGGCUGUUGGGCUGGGGAGCAGUAGUGGUAGUAUUGGUGGCAAUAGUGGUGAAAGGGCCUCUGGGCCCGGGGAUAAUGAGAACUGCACCACGCUCUGUGUGCUUGCGGUGCCGUCUUAUAUGUCCGCGUCGGAUUUUUUAGGGUUCGUGGGGGAGGCGACGAUGGAUGAUGUGAGUCAUUUUCGGUUGAUAAGGACAGCAAGGGCGAAUCGGUAUAUGGUUUUAAUGAAGUUUCGGAAUGGGAAGAAGGCGAGGGAGUGGCAGAGGGAGUGGAAUGGGAAGGUGUUUAAUAGUAUGGAGCCGGAAACGUGUCAUGUUGUCUUUGUAAAGACUGUUGAGAUUCAAGCCGUCGAUCCGGAUGGACAGAAUUCUCUACCGGCCGUUCAACAGGCUACACUUACUCCUACGUCGUCGACAAACCAGCCAACAAGCAGUAUAGCUUCCGCAUCGCUCUCGACUAAACCCGUCGCCCCUCCUACCCCGUCUCUGAUCGAGCUUCCGACGUGUCCUGUUUGCCUGGAGCGAAUGGACGAGACGACUGGCUUGCUUACCAUCAUAUGCCAGCAUGUCUUUCACUGUACAUGUCUCCAGAAGUGGAAAGGUAGCGGCUGCCCAGUCUGCCGGUACACACAAGACGAAUACCGCAAAACCAGCCAGGGCCUACCCUUCGAUGAUGAACCGGCUGAGUGCAGCGUGUGCCGCUCGGACCUAAAUCUCUGGGUUUGUCUCAUCUGCGGUAGCGUCGGCUGUGGCCGCUACGAUGGUGCGCACGCCUUCGCCCACUAUAGCCAAACCUCGCACGCCUUCGCUUUGGAUCUCGCCACCCAGCGCGUAUGGGACUACGUCGGCGACGCCUACGUGCACCGCAUCAUUCAGAGCAAAACUGACGGCAAGCUCGUAGAGCUCCCCGCCGCCGAUAACAGCGCCCUCGAUCCACCAGAUUGGACCGACGCGGUGCCCCGCGAAAAGCUCGAGAACAUGAGCGUCGAAUACACCCACCUGCUCACCAGUCAACUUGAGAGUCAACGAGCGUACUUCGAAGGCAUCCUCGAGCGCGCAGUUGACAAGGCUUCCCAGGCCAGCGCGGCCGCCUCCUCCGCCCAAGAAGCAGCAGAAACCACCACCGCCCGCUUUAGCACCCUCCAAACCCAGUACGAAAAGCUAUCCGGUGAAACCAUUCCAGGCCUUGAGCGAGACAAGGCACGCGCCGAGAAGCGAGCCGAGAAAUUCGAAGCCAUGGCCCGCAAGAUGGAGUGCGAGUGGCGCGAGGAAAAAACCAUAAAUGAGAGUCUCAUGCAGCGGAUCGAACAUCUCACUACGGAAGUUGAGAGUCUCAAAGCGACGAAUCUCGAUCUCGCCGAGCAGAACCGUGACUUGACCUUCUUUAUUAGCGGGUCGGAGCGGUUGAAGGAUCAGAGCGAGGAUAUCGUUCAGGGUACACUUAGUGUUCCUGAUCCGCCGAGUAAUUCGAAGAAAAAGGGUAAGGGGAGGAAGCGGUAGCUUUUGACACAUACCCCGUACCGAUAUUAGUAUCUGUGGCCCUGGCAUUUAUUUAAUCAUAUUAUUAGCCCCCAAGGGGGUUAACUAGAGGUCCAGAGUUGGUCUAGUAGAGCCAGCUCCUAGACUGCUUUGCUUCGCUAUACUAUUAGAUAGAAAGAACCUAUUCACUAUAUCUAAUUCAUGCUCAACCAUCACACAC